CGAGGCGGCCUGCCCCUUUCGGGGAGGGGGAUCUGAAAGGGACCAGGUGGGGUGUGGUAGCAGCAGGCAGAGCAAACAAAGGGCGAGCCGGCUCGGGGGACGGAUUAGGGAACCCAUCAGCUGUUGUCAGGCUGCCACGCCCCCUCUGUCCGUCUGUCUGUCUCUGUUCCAAGGGCUGCAGGGCCGGAGCGGACAUCCGAGCUCCCCGAGCCGCUGGGAGCGUGGCUUGCCAGCCCCGCGCUCGUCCGCCUGCGAAGGGUUUCUCCAUCGCUCCAGCCGCCCCCACCCCUCGAGCUCCGCAGAGGGCGGUUCGCGGCCAGAAGCCCGCGGAACAAAGAAGCAGGAAAAAGGCACCAGAUGGAAAAAUAGACCGGAAAAUAGCGAGCCGGGAAGCGGAGCAGCGCGGAUGGCAGCGGGUGGAAGGGGAAGGAGGCUUCGAGAUGAGCUGUCCUGAGAUCCUGGGUUAGCCGAAAGCGUUGGGCGGGAGCACAGAAUGAUCCGGCCGGCCCUUUCCUAGCCCCCCAGGGGUGAGGGAGUGAAGCUAGCGUGACCCACCCCCCCCGCCCUGAGCUAGAUCAGCACCGGACUGGGCGCUGCAGGGGCUGGCUGACGGGGGGAUCGGCCUGUUAGAAAGCUGGGGGAGCAGCUACCAGCUAGGACGGUCGAAUUGGGGCAUAGUUAGCUCGAUCGUGGAUGCCCCCUAAAGACAGUGUGUGGGGACCUAGUAGAAGGACCCUCCCCGCUGAGAAUUAGGCUUUGGACAGGGACAGAGAGAACUGGACACCUGUAUAGCCCGGACGCACCUCUCUGCCACAGGCUGAGCUUAUCUGCCUGGGGGGCUCUCUCUUUUUCUUUCUUUCCCUCCCCAUCUCCUGUCCACGAUGAAUGGCCUCCAGCCCCCCCAGGGCUGCCUGGGGGGUAACGUCUGCUCCAUUGAAGGGCUCCCCCCGCUGCCCAAGGGCCUCAGCGGGAUCCUCAACUCCAGUGGCGGCUCAUGGCGUGAGAUUGAGAAAGUGUACAGCAAGAAGACACGGAUCCAGGACGACCUGAGCAAAUCACGAGCUGCCUCCGAGAAGCUGCUGCGGAGCAAACCAGCCAACCUGGACUCAGCGCUGGCCAUGCUGCGCAAGGAGAUGGUGGGCCUGCGCCAACUGGACAUGUCACUGCUGUGCCAGCUGUGGUCGCUGUACGAGUCAAUCCAGGAGUACAAAGGGCUGUUCCAGGACAUGUCGUCGUCCCUUCACUCUGAGGGCUCCUACGCUGCUGAGAACGGCUUCUCUGAUGAGGAUGAUGAAUUUGAGGUGGAGCCACCAGGACCUGAUGUGCACAAGGAGACACCACUGCUGGGCCGGCUCAGCCUGCCUCAGCCCCAGAACUCCCGUGACCAAUGGCUGCAGGACUCCUUCCACAUCACUAUCUGAGCCUGUGGUCACUGCAGCCUCACCCCCUUUGGACAUAGUAGCAUGUGUAGCUGGGAGCUCCCUAUGCUGGGAGAGGCCAGGGCUGGAGAAGCCAGGCAUUCCCCCUGCAGCCAGCGAUCCUGUCCCACUCCCUACAGUGCCGCCUGCUGGGAGAGGCCAAGGCUAGAGUAUCUGGGAGCUCUCUCUGCAGCCAGCUCCUGUCCUUCUCCUUGCAGUGCCCCCUAUAAGGAGAGGCUAGAGCAGUGCAUUUUGCUGCAUUGUUGUGGGUGGGCAGUUAGGAUCCUGUUAGCAGGUUUUAGUGCCUCAGCAAGGAGCCAAAAAUGGCCACUUUUAAGAUAUUUAAAAAUAAAAUUUAAAAACAUUUGACACAUACGGGAAAAAAACCCGGCCCCUCCUGAAGGGGGAGAGGCGAAAUGUAAUAUAUACAGCCUGUCGGGACUUGAACCCCAACCGAGUUGUGGAAUAAAUCCUCAGAGAUUGACUUUGCCUUGUAAUAUUCCAGUACAUAGGGAUGGGAGUCAGAACUUGGGAAAGUAAUUGCAGCAUUUGUGUCGGACCUACUGGAAUUCUAGUUUCAUCCCCCACCCUCGCUUGCCCCACAAGGUAACUGAGAAGGCCAAGAGUUACCUGUCUCCAUUCGAAUUGUCAGCUGGACCUGUAAUAGCCUUCAGGCAGGAUGAAGAUGGAGGACAGGUGUGGGGAGUGCAUGCCAAGAAGGGCCAUGGAGGGGUAUUGGUAGUGGUAGAGAAGAGCAGCAUAGGGUUAGCAGCCCAAAGUGGGGGGAUGUCCCAGCAUGAGGAGAACAAGAGGAGAGAGAGCUCCCAAACCACGGUUUCAUCUCCCCAAUGUGAUUCUGAGGGCUAAUCUCAUGACAUUUGACUGGUCGGGGUUGGUGACACUGUAUUCCCUGAGAAGAGCCCAGCAACUGCUCCUGCCCCACUUAUCCGGGAACAGAAAGGGCUGGUAUGUUGAACCUGGAGGGCUCUGUGCACUGCUUAAUUAGUAAUUAAAAGAGUGCUUGGGCUUAA